CAGACCUUUCAGAGCACUGCACUAGUGCCGCAAUGCCAGCCCAUGCAGGAAACUCUUCCCAGCUCUCCAAAGAUCAAUUAAAAAGUGUUUUAAUUUCUCAUAAUGUGCCUGUACCUCAGGGCGACCAGAGGAAAGCAGUUUAUUUACAACUGUACCUGGAGCACGUUCUCUCCAAAGACAAAGUAUCUGCUGAGUUCUCGAGUGAUGAGGAGGAUAUAGUGUCUGAGAAUUAUCAUAUGCCUGUUGAAGACCACCAGAAGGAAAGUGGAGAAGACGAGAUGGAUGUGAAAAGCAUGAGCAACAGUGAUCUGAAAGAACAGCUGCUGCUGUAUGGGAUCAAGCCAGGACCCAUAUUACCAAGCACACGAAUGGUGUACGAGAAGAAAUUGCAGCAGUUGCUGAAGCUGCAGGUGGAAGAGAGCGAAGCAAGGCACAAGGAUCAAUAUUCAGACAAUGAAGAUGAAGAUAUUCCGGCAAAGAGCCAGCUGGAAAUGAGAGGCGAAAAAGGGGACAUUAAAGAAAUGCAGGAGUACAACAAAGCAAAUAUUUUCUCAGAUGUUCCGGUCUCUCGGCGCGUUUCUAUAUCUGAAGGCUUCAUUAUGCGCCCACCUCCAGGCCCAUACACGCAUGUCCCAGCAUCCCUUGCUGCUGAAUAUAAGCAGAAUCUGGCUACAUUAGGGGAUAACUUCAGUGUUACCAAAAUGUUGAAGCAGAUGGAUAGAAGGUCAUCCUUGGGCCAUGCUACAGUUGACAGGAGAGAGGAGAAUUACAAAAGUGUAACUCCAAGCCAGGAAAGAAUGACUGCAGACAAGAACACAAUGACCUACAGAACUCCAACGAACACUCCCAAUGCCUGCUUAUACAAGGCACGGAGCAGACAACAGUCUGAUGCUGAUGCUUCUGAAAUCUUUGAUCCAAUGUCCCAGUCUCUCCUUGGAAUGAGUGCUACACGCAGGAAACCAAUUAAAGGAGCAGCUGGGCGCCCCAUACAUUUCAAAUACGAUGAUAUUGCCACCAGGGCAAGAAUACAAGAGCAGGCGAAGGGCUCCAAGACUGGUAAAGAACGCCUGGUUUCGGUACCCUUGCAAAUAGCACUAUUUGCUCUGAUCACUCUCCUUGCAGUGUUAUUGUACAAUGUCGGAGGCAGCUCAGAAAACCCCUUCAUGAUUCUCUUUGAGACAACUAAGGAAACACAGCCGUGAGGUGUACUACAAAGACCUAGAGAGCCUCUGCUGAAGGCAUGUCCUAUGGCGGUUUUAAAUAAUGAACUGGAAAGACUUGGUGGUUGCCACUGGCACAAUAAAUUGUGGCUCUUCAAGAUUCAUCCACAUGGAGAAUGUUCAAAAGAACGUGGCGCUCUGGAGACUGGUUUUAUAUUUCCUGGUGUUUGGAAUUUAGAGCUGUGGUGGUUAAACAAUCCUUGGGUGAAAUUGAUCUGCCCUGUCCUAAGUCACAUCAGGAGACCAGCUUGUCCUCUUGUAACUGGAUUCUAGAGCCCUGCAGUAAAUUUGUUUUUAAGAGUUCUUGGUGUAAAGUUAUAAAAUAACGGAAAUAGGUGCCAACCUAUACUGCGAAGGACUGAAAAUGUUCUGUAAAUCCAGGUAUGCCAUUGACAAAUGAAAAGGGAAAAAAAUAAAGCACAGCAAAGGUAAUGGCAUAAGCUCUGCUGCCCUUUUUGCAACAAUGCACACCAUUUAAAAGAUACUUCCAUGUCACAUGCUGGAACUUGAAGUGCUAUUUAUUCGUUGGGAAUAUAUUCCACUGCUAAUCCUAUUAUCGUGGGCAACUUUAGUUGUGCCUGUAUACCAAUAAUAAUCAAAGUUCUCCUCUAGAGUCAUUGCUGUUUGGUUUAAAGCUAGACUUUAUGCAUGGUGUGUUCCUCCUAAGGCCUUUGAUUAGGAAGGCUUUUUUCCAUGUGAGAUGCUUUGGAUGAGGUUUAGGGCGCACUAAGCCACUCAUUCAUUUUAAUGUGUUAAAUGGCCUUAAUGUGUUAAGGAAACUGUCAUUUUUUUAACCCUUUUUUGUUCCCAAAGUGACUUGCUAAUUUUGCUCACUCACAGAAGGUCUUCCAUUUGAAUUUAGCAGCUGAGUUAUGUUCUUAUAUAUUUGAUACACUACCUGCCUGUAAAUUGACUAAAAGACUUAACUGUGAUUUAUAGCAAAAAUUAAAUGUUGUCUUGGGAUUCCUCCACUCUAAAUGCUUUUUUGCAGACUGUUUUAUUGCCUUAGCUGUUGUGAACCAUUUUGCUGUAAAAUUCCCCUUCGCAGUGGUCUUUAUUGGUAAUGACUGGGUUAAACACUUGGUUCCUCCCUGCUGUUUUGUUGUAUUUUUUUUUUUUUGCUCUGUUGCAUACGUGCAAAGUUAUUUAAUUCACUGUUUAAAUAAAGAAUGUGUUUAUUUUC